UUUCCCUGCGUGCUUGGAUGGGAGAGCCGCAGCAGCUCGGGGCUGGAGUAUAACAUCGCCCGGCCAGCUCUGCCGAAGCUACACCUGUUCCGAGGCAACUCGAAGAAAAGAUCCCCGCACUUGGACGGAGCUGCCUUCCCUCUUGCCUGGGUGGUUCGAGGCUGGAACGUCGGCCGGGCUGAACCGAGGAGCAUCCGCGUAGAGAGAGAGAGAGAGAUUCUGGAUAAUAGAUCUGGACGCCCAAAAAGUUUUUAAAAUAUUAUUAUUUUUAAGAAAUCCCCUUAUCCUUUCGGGGGGAGGAUUUACCUCGGCCAGCCAAUGUGAAUGUCCCUCCCUUAUUCUUCUCCCCCCUUCCUUUCCCCUCCUUUUUAGGAUUCAUGCUGAUAGAUGCAGUCUGGUAUAGACUAAAAAGAGCGCAUGUCUUUGGGGAAGCAGAUCCCAUAAAAAAAGGGGGCCUGGCGUCCGCCGGGCAUCUGAGAUGCCAUAUAUCGAUAAUGUAUUUGCCCACUGCCCUCUGUAACGCCUAAGGCGCCGAAGUUGCUAUGGUCAUUCCGCUCCUAAGCCCAAUGGAGAAACUACGGAUUUUGAUUCUUUUCACGGCUGAAUGGGCAGAAGACCUCACCGCCUGCUAAGAGCCCCGGGAACAUAGACCUCGUCCGCUGCUUCUAGACCCACAACCCGAGGGGGGCCGAGAGAGCUAUGUCCCGGUGCGGAGCGAGCGCGCUGCUUUUUUCAGACUGAGUGGGCGAUUUGACCUUGAACCCAAAACAGCGGGCUACUUUAUUCCGGUGUCCUAUUUUUUUUUUUUUUAGUCUGGAAUCCGUGCGAUUACUGAUGGAUUAAAACAGAAAUCUCUUUCCCCCUCCCCACCUUCCCUCAACGUAACUGCAAGUGGAAGGGGGAAGAACGGAGUGGAGACACAUUAAAAAAAAUUGAAGAAAAAAAAUCUUAGGUUGGGCGCUAGCAAUUACAAUUUGCUGCCAACCCCCCCCCCAAAAAAACCUCGUUUACCUUUCCCCCCCUCCUCCAACCCUCUCCGCUCCUGAUGGCUCCUUUAGGUGAAGUUGGGAACUAUCUCGGGGUCCAAGACGCCGGCCCCUUUGGGAACGUGCCCGUCUUGCCGGCGGACAGCCCGGUUUUGUUAAGCGACCACCUAGGGCAGUCCGAAGCAGGUGGACUCCCCCGGGGGCCUGCGGUAACGGACUUGGAUCACUUAAGAGGCAUCCUGAGGCGGAGGCAGCUCUAUUGCAGGACUGGAUUUCACUUAGAGAUUUUCCCCAAUGGUACGAUCCAAGGAACCAGGCAAGACCACAGCAGAUUUGGUAUCCUGGAAUUUAUCAGUAUAGCAGUCGGCUUGGUCAGCAUUCGAGGGGUAGACAGUGGACUUUAUUUGGGAAUGAAUGAAAAAGGAGAAUUAUAUGGCUCGGAUAAAUUAACCCAGGAGUGUUUUUUCAGAGAGCAGUUUGAAGAGAAUUGGUAUAACACAUACUCAUCAAACCUAUAUAAGCAUGUGGACACUGGAAGACGAUAUUAUGUCGCAUUAAAUAGAGAUGGAACUCCCAGAGAAGGGACCAGGACUAAACGGCAUCAGAAAUUCACGCAUUUUUUACCUAGGCCAGUGGACCCUGAGAAAGUCCCUGAACUAUAUAAGGAUAUUUUAAGCCAAAGUUGACAAAGACAUUUCCUUCACUUGAGCCCUUAUAAACCAACAACCACUAUAAAGGUUUCAUGCGGUGGGUUCUUAAUUGAUUAGCUGUGUCAUCACAUCAGCUCCACUGUUGCCAAACUAUGUCGCAUGCAUAAUAUAUGAUGGAGGCUUGGAUGAAACUUGCUGAUGGUGUUCUGCACUUAAAAGGUUUGUCUUCUGGAAGAGAGCCUAUGCCCAUCGCUUGAUUUAUUGAGUGAGAAAGAAAGAAAGAGUGAGAAUGUUUGAGAGUGAAAGCAGAAGCUGAAGAACGAAGGAAGGUGGGAAAGGCCUGAUGCAUGCUGGGAAAUAGACACGCUUUUAAUUUUUUUGGUCUGUUGUAUACUUCAUCCUAGAUCAGCAUAGCUGCCAUACUUUGACUCAUGAAGAAUUUUGGCUGGUGGCCUGCUCAAGUGUACGCUGCAUUUUUUUUUUAAAAGCAAAGGCAUGGAGGGUAUGGUCUGUCUAAAAUCCACACAGGAAAAAAAAGACUUAUUUUCAGUUUGACUGCUCAGUUGAGAGUCACCCCCUAAUGAAUUUCAAGACCUCUUAGUAAUACAGGAAUUUUUUUUAAAAAAAGUUAAAUUUAUUUAUAGAAAUCCAAAGGCAACAUUUUAUUUAUUUUAUAUAUUUAUUUAUUAUAUAGAGUUUAUUUUUAAUGACAUCUGUACAGGCCAGAUAGGUAGAUUGGAAGCUAUAGUAUAGGCUCUGGAAAACAUUUCAACAGCAAACAGCUACGACCGUGUGAUUACAUUCAUACAAGUCAAACAUAAAGAUGCAUGGAGGCAAAGAGGAAUCUAGGGAUCCUAAUGUACUAAAGGCAACAAUAUUUUUUGUGCCCAUAUUAUUGUAAAAUUAUGCACACCACUCAUGACUCUUGAGUGCUUACUCUUCUGACUGCUUGUUUCAUAGCUUAAAAUCUCCCCCUUUCCUCUCCCUCUCUUACUGAGGAUUAAAGAUAAAACUGGGUCUUCAAAACUUUAA